UAUCCAAUCACUCUAGUGCACAUUUAUACUCAGAGUUACGGUAAAUAGAGACCACAGAAAAGGCUAAAAAUCUGUUCAACCAUUGCCUGCUGCUUGCUGCGUACUGAGGGGGACAACCACUAGCGUAUUGGAAGCGACACCUGAUACUAGGCGAAAGAAGGCAUCGCUUUUAGAGCAUCUCAGGAAACCUAGAGACAUGGCAAAAGAGGGAGUGGAGAACACAGAGGAGACGCAGCAAAUGAUAGAGAAGAAUGCUGGAAAAGAGCAGGAAAACCUAUUGUCUGCAUCAGGCACUAAAGAAAUGCGAGCCGUGGUAUUGACUGGCUUCGGGGGUCUCAACAAACUCCGGGUCACCAAGAGACCGAUGCCAGAACCGCAAGAAGGAGAAGUGAAAAUCCGUGUCAAAGCUUGUGGUUUGAACUUCCUUGACUUGAUGGUACGCCAAGGAAAUAUUGAUAACCCACCCAAAACACCACUUGUCCCCGGAUUUGAAUGUUCUGGAAUAGUGGAAGCAAUGGGAGACAACACAAAAGGAUUUGAGAUAGGGGACCGGGUGAUGGCCUUUCUGAAUUACAACGCCUGGGCAGAGGUGGUGUGCACACCCCUGGAGUUUGUCUAUAAGAUCCCAGAUGACAUGACUUUUCCUGAGGCCGCUGCUUUCCCCCUGAACUUUGUGGCCGCCUACAUGAUGCUGUUUGAGAUCGCCCAUCUCCGGGAGGGAAUGUCCGUGUUGGUUCACUCAGUGGGAGGAGCUGUGGGACAAGCUGUUGUUCAGCUGUGCUCCACCGUACCCAACGUCACAGUCUUUGGAACAGCUUCUCCCUCCAAACACGAAGCCAUUAAAGACUCUGUGACUCACCUCUUUGACAGAAGUGCUGAUUACGUGCAAGAAGUUAAGAAGGUCUCUCCAGACGGGGUGGAUAUUGUGCUCGACUGUUUGUGUGGAGAGAACACUGGAAAAGGCCUGGGUCUGCUCAAGCCCCUGGGAACGUACAUCCUCUACGGUUCUUCGAACAUGGUGACAGGAGAAACCAAAAGUUUCUUCAGCUUUGCAAAAUCUUGGUGGCAAGUGGAGAAGGUGAACCCCAUUAAGCUCUACGAGGAGAAUAAAGUCAUUUCUGGAUUCUCGCUGCUGAAUCUUCUUUUCAAACAAGGACGAGGCAGUCUGGUAAAGACGGUGGUGCAGAAACUCCUCUCUCUCUACGACCAAAAGAAGAUCAAACCACGGGUGGACUCCCUGUGGGCUCUAGAGGAGGUAAAAGAAGCCAUGCAGAGAAUUCACGACAGAGGUAACCUAGGAAAACUUAUCCUCGAUGUGGAGAAAUCACCCACUCCUUUGAUGGCAAAUGACAGCACAGAGACCAGUGAGGCUGGUGAGGAAGAGGAGGAACAUGAGGACAACAAUGACAAUAAGGAGCGGAUGCCAUUCAUCCAGUAACAGGUCCUGCAGUGGCCAGUAGAGAAGUCUUAAAGGGACUGUCCCAGGCCCUGUCAGCCUGUACCUUGUGCACCCUGAACAAAUGCUGUAGUGCACUCUGUGUGUGUGUGUGUGCGCGUGCGUCUGGGCAUUUUGUGCAUUGUGUGGGUUGUAUUUGUCUGCCUGCAAGCAGUUUGGGAAGAAAACGUGGCUUUUAAAAUUUGUCAAAAAAAACAAAACUGAAGUGCCAUUCCAUGUGCUGUAUUAAGAAUGCGCAAUAUUUAGCAUUGCAGGAAAAAAGCGGUUGUGACGAGAUGCUGCCUUUUCUUUACAGCCUACUGGGUUCUGCUGUAGUGUAGGGCAGUGUCUGUACCAUGUGCAGGCAUGUGUGUGUGUGUGUGUGUGUGUGUGUGUGAGCUGGUGUGUGGCUGCGCUUCAGUGAAAUCAUUGUCAGAGCAUUCUGGACUGCUGCAGAAAAGUAUAGCCGCCUGGAGAGUGUGCCGUUCCGUCGGGUAGUCACUCUCAGCUUGAUUUGAUUGUAGUGUACGUGGCUGUCUUUGAGCUGCUGCACACACGCCAUUCACAACGGUCAGUCAAGACACCUCCACAAGCAAUCAUCUCCUCUUCUGGCUGACUGCUCCCCAGAAAUCACUUUUGCCUUUGUUGUUAUGUUCGCACUGCCGGGAAUGAAAAAAAAAACACCCUGGCAGUGAUGUUGCCAUGCCCACAGAUGAACUUCUUUGCAAGGAAAAGCUCACUAUUUUCAGUAGAAAUGAAAGGCUCUGCAUCACCAUUUCCCCACAGGUCAGGGAGGACUGGCAGGGAUUACAGUGUUCCUCUCAUACUGUAACAGUUAUACACUUCCUGUCGUGUUAAGACAUAUAUAUCCGAUUGCAGCUGAGCUGGAAGAAAUAAGACUUAGGAAAGGGGCAGAUACCUUCACACCUUUUCCUAGCCUCCAUUUCUCUUCAUGAUUUAGAAACCUUUCUGUUGAAUUAAUGACCAUAGUGUAGAGUCCUUUUGAGGUUCUCUUGUCCAUUUUCUCAGUUAUGCUUUUUGACAGCCACUUGCUGUCAAAGCCAAAUGUGUGCCAUAAAGCAAGACCAAAUGUUCUCCAAGAAAGACAAAAAAUUAAAUUCAAGUCCAAUUUUCUAAAUUUCCCAAACACAGUGGUAACUUCAUUUUGAGUUUUACUGAACUUGCCAAAAUAGGAAAAAAAAAUGAACACACAUUUAUUUUGAUUGAAUCCAAGCCAUUGUAUAGUAUGCCCAUAAAAUAACCUAGCAACUGCACAGCGCUUUGAUUUGGUCACUGUUACAGGUGAACCUACCUUUUUGUUUUCUGUUUGACUUUGUCUACUUUUGACUGCAUUUGUCUUAUAAUGCCUGCUACAUUAUGUUUACUUUAGCACCUACGUAUUGUUUGUUGUACCACACAAGGUUACCCGAGCCUGAGUCUGAGUUAUAGAAGGGCUGCCUGGCCUGUCUGCACCAAGGAAUUAUAGAUUCAUAAUUCAUCUCAGUAUAUUUGUAUAUUGUCUUAAGUAAGUUGUCUCUAAACCAAGAACCAGCAUAAUAAUAAUAAACCUACAGUACAUGCAAGGACAUUAUCAAUGUUUUACUGUUAACAGUGAGGGUUAAUUUACGAUUUAAUUGGACAAGAAUAAAUAUUACAAAAUGAAAAUUUCCAUGUCUACAUAGAGCAUGAACUAUUUUAAGGGUACAGAAAUAAUAAUGUCACACUAUGUUUUUGAAUUCUGAUACGCUUACUUUUAUUUGGAUAUAUUUGCAAUUAAAAUGAUAUAAAAGAUUUAUAAGUAAGAUAUGUAUGGAUUUCUGACAGAAUCUAUGUGAUCACCAAGGGAAUUCUUCCUUUCAAAAGUGGCAAAUCUGACUGUACAAAAAGUCCAAACUUACAAGAUAAUUUGGCAACCUUGCACUUCCUAUAUGUAUACAGUAUAUAUAUGAAAAAAAGAAUAACGCACAGUGUGAAGGAUAAAUAAUACCAUAUAUGAUUAAAUAUUGUACAGAUUUACUGUAACAAUGACAAAUAUAUUUUUAAAUCAGUAUUUUCACAUGUAUGUUCGCAUAUUUUCAUUUCAGGAAAAAUCUCAAAAGAUGUAUUGGAAUUGGAAUUUCAGCUGAUAUCAGUUUAGUCCUUUUAGUAUUUCAGGGAAGCAUAAAGCACUGACACAGUACAACAGUAGACUCAGUACACUACUAAUUACGAAACUAGCUGUUAUCUGUGCCAUAGCACAUUAUUGGAGUGUUGGUGGGUGGGUGUUGUCUUUAGGUAUAUUUCCAUAUUUUUUUCUAUUCCAUAAAAGAAAUAUACUCUUGCCUAAUCAUAAUUCACAUGUGUGUGUGUGUUUCCUAUUUUAAGUAUUUGUUCAAUUGUCAUGUGUUGUCAUACCAUUGUUGAUCAGAAUUUUAUGAGAGCACAGGUCUCUCACAGAAUUGCUGUCUUUCUAAUGGUAUAUGGCUAAUGUGAGAUAUUUAAUCUUGUUAGUGCAGAGCAGAGGCUUACUGUGAUUUGAGGUUCAUAUGAAAGUAUUUUGUUGUAUUAUAGGUCUUGGGUUAAUAUCAGAUUAUGUUUUACUUUGUAUCUGCAAAAAUCCUGACCAGCUGCUAGCUUUAAACAAUCCAAAUGGAGAUGUAGUUAAAACUAACAGAUCAUUUUUUAGAAAAGGAAAACUAAAUCAUGGAUUAUCACUGCAGUAAAGUGACUGUAGCUUCUUAAAUUACUGUGUAGUAGUGAAGCACAUGGGAUUCUAACUUACACUUGCUUAGUUGCCAAACAACUCAUAUUUCCUCCCAUUUAAGACCUACGAAUGAACUCUGAAAUAGAAUACAGUAUAGCACACAUCCAUGGAUGAACAUAUGGAAAAUGAAUACGAGUAUUAACUGAAGGAAACUUCAGCAGAUCCAUGUCUGAUUGUCAUGUGGCAGUCCUAACAAUGGUUUAGUCUAAAGUCUAGGCCAAUCAGCAGUGUUUAUAUAAGUUCAGCAUGAUGUGUAGCUUUUCGUUUGCCUUAAAAGAAGAACUUCAUAGGCUUAUUUGUCAGCACAAGGCUGGUUUACAGACAGAUAUAGAAAUAUUGUCCUAAUGUGUUUGUUGUUCUUAGUGCUUUUGUUAUGUCGUGCAUACGCAGCCAGUUGUUUACUUGAAUAAAAUCUUCUGCAGACAGCUUCA